GCGUGGCGUCUGUUGUGCCGGUGAUUAAAAACAAAAUUCGUCGGAAUUGUUUGUGUUUUUGAGCAGUUUAGAGCCAAAAACCAAACCAGCCUGAAGCCGCACUUAGGUUGGUCACCUUACCAGUGUUACAUCGUUUUUUCUAUCCUCUUUCAUGUAAUAAUUGUUUUCCCAGUAACUACAACGUUCAAAUGGCGAAGAUUAUGGCUCGUGGGGGAAUCAGAGGCAGAGGAGGUAUGAAUCGCGGAAUUGGUGGUAGACCCCCAUACAAAGCAAAAAUGUUCCUCCCUAGACAUCCUUUUGACUUGGCACUGUGUGAAUCGUCUUUCCCACGAGUUAAACCAGCACCAGAUGAGACUGCCUUCACUCAGGCUUUACUAAAAAGGAACGCAGAUUUGUCACCAACACCUGCUGAACAAACAGCUAUUCUUAACCUAGUCACGAAAAUACAGUCAGUAUUAGACAACUUGGUAGUUGCUCCAGGAAACUUUGACGCUUGUCAAUUAGAUGAGGUGAGACAAGUUGGUUCUUUCAAGAAGGGAACAAUGAUUACUGGCCACAAUGUGGCAGAUAUUGUGGUUAUUUUGAAAACAUUACCAACCAGAGAAGCAGUUGAAGCUCUUGGUAACAAAGUAAAAGAGGAUCUGAAAAACCUUAUGAAAAGUGAAGUAGUUUCAAAAGGUGAACAACUCACACAUUCAACCAAUGAAAGAGGUAUUGAAAUCAGUAACAGUUUUGCUUGUGUCAGAGUGAUGGUAACCACUUUGCACCAUAACAUCAGAAAACUUGACCCAGAAAUCCACCUUGACCAAAAGAUAAUGCUAAGUCACUUGGCAGCAAUCCGUCAUAGCAGAUGGCUUGAGGAAAAUGCCCAUCAUUCUUCAAUAAAAGUACUUAUACGACUUUUGCGAGAUGUUAGAAAUCGUUUUGAAGGUUUUGAACCUUUAACUCCUUGGAUGUUGGAUUUAUUAUCCCAUUUUGCCAUUAUGCACAAUCCUAGUAGACAAGCCUUACCAAUAAAUAUUGCAUUUAGAAGAGUAUUCCAGUUAUUGUCUGCUGGUUUAUUUUUACCAGGUUCUGCAGGAAUUACUGACCCAUGUGAAAGUGUUGGUCCUAGAAUUCACACUGCUAUGACUUUAGAGCAGUUGGACAUAUGUUGUUUAACUGCUCAGACUCUUCUAAGAGUUUUAGCCCAUGGAGGUUACAAACAUAUUCUUGGAUUGGAAGGUAAUAGUGCAAUUGCAAAGGAGAUGAGUGUGUGGGAUGGAGUUGUGGUGUCACCACUGGAUAAAGCUUAUGAAAAUCCUCCAGAAAAGAAAGAAGGUGAGGAUGAAGAUGAAGACAUGGAAGCUGAAGGGGAUGAAAGUAUGGAAACAGCUGAAAAUUAAUUAUUUAUUUAUUGUAUUGGUAUGAUGUGUGUUGUUAAUGGUUCUUUAUAUGUAAAACAACAUCAAGUGAUUAUAUAUUUUAAAUAAUCUUUAUUUGAAGUGCAUUCUUUUAUUGUGAGUAUGCACUUGGUAAGUUUCGAAUUUUGCCCGCUAAAUAAAUUUAUUUAUAACUGUA